AUGAAGCCAAUCUUCCAUGCGAUCCAACGAAACGACGUUCCAGCUUUUCAGCGUUUGGUGAAAGAGACAGAAUCGUGUCUGGAAGAGAGAAGCGAGGAAGAACACAGCAACACGGUGUUGCACAUGGCUGCUAAGCACGGACACAGAGAACUCGUCUCAAUGAUCAUCCAACUCCGACCUUCCCUCAUCUUUUCCCGUAACGCUUACGGAAACACUCCUUUGCAUCUCGCUGCUCUCCUUGGAGACGUCAACACAGUUAUGAACAUGUUAGAGUUUGGAUUGGAAGCGUGUUCCGCAAGAAACAACAACAACCAAACACCCCUCCACUUGGCUUGCCGCAGCAUCUCCAUGGAGGCUGCCAGUCUCAUUGCGGAAAAGACUCGAUCAAUUGGCCUCGAUGAACUCAAGUUCGCCAUAUCAAGUGGUUCCACUUGUAUUGCAGAGAUUAUACUAGAGAGAUUCCCAGACCUAGCUAAGGAAGAAGCUUGGGCGGUGGAAGGCUACUCGUUAUCGACGCUACUGCAUCAUGCGUGUGACAGAGGAGACAUUGAACUGACAAGUAUAUUGCUAGGGCUCGAUCAAAGACUUGAAGAAGCUCUUAACACCAACGGUUUAUCACCUCUGCAUCUAGCGGUCCUCAGAGGCUCUGUUCUAAUCCUAGAGGAGUUCCUAGAAAACGCUCCAUUGUCUUUCGCCACACUCACGACGUCAAAAGAGACGGUCUUUCAUCUCGCUGCGCGGAACAAGAACAUAGAUGCCUUUGUUUUCAUGGCAGAGCGUGUGGGCAUUAACAGCCAAACCCUUAUGCAGCAAACAGAUGCAAAUGGCAACACUGUCUUACAUGUUGCUGCCUCCGUGGCUUCUUGUGCUCCGCUGAUACGUUACAUUGUUGGUAAGAAGAUAGUAGAUAUCAACUAUAGGAACAAGUUGCGUUUUGCAGCAUUUCACCUUCUCCCUCAAGAAGCCGAAGACUAUGAGCUGUUAUCAACCUGGCUGAAGUUGGACACCGAGCUGGAUUCUGAUCAGAGCAGUGAAGAAGACGAUGUACACUCUAAAGUCUCUAAUCCAUACCACAAACGAUCUCUGGAACGCGUUAAGUCUUUAGAGAUCUCCGGAAGCUGUAAAGAGAACGAGGUGACACGUUUGCUUAAGAUAAUCGAAGCGAACACAUCAGAGAUAGCACAGAUAAAACGAGGCAAGAAAGUUUCUUAUGCCGGUGGAUUAAAUCCUCCGGGAGGCGUCUACGAAGAGGGACCAUGGAGAGGGAAGUCGAUGGUAGGCAGAACGGCAGCUUUUAAAGUCUUUGCGAUAUGCAACAACAUCGCACUCUUCACGUCCUUGUGCAUCGUUAUUCUGCUCGUUAGCAUCAUACCUUACAAGAGGAAACCUUUGAAGAAACUACUGGUGGCCACGCACAGGAUGAUGUGGGUUUCUGUAGGGUUCAUGGCAACGGCUUUUGUUGCGGCGUCUUGGGUGACCAUACCGCAUUACGACGGAACAAGCUGGUUGUUUCCGGCCAUUGUAUCGGUCGCUGGUGGAUCGUUGACGGUGCUCUUUUCUUAUCUCGGAGUUGAGACCAUUGGUCAUUGGUUCAAGAAGACGAACCGUGUUUGUGUUGGAGAUUUCCCGUUUUAUAUUUUCCCAAAAAAGCGUGCCUUUGCAAGGAUAGCCUCCAAAGUAAAUAAAAGUGAAAGAGGCAUGCCUUCCUUUGCAAAGACCAGCUCAGAUUUGGCCGCCUCCGAAAAAUCAGGCUAUUUCACCUAUUGA